AUGAGUGCCAACAUAUCAGCAACUGAUUUCUUGAAAAAUCAAGUUGACCAAGCUAUGGAUUUUAUGCCAGACUAUGUCUCAGAUCUGUUCAUGGAAGCCACCGGUGUCAAACAGUACAUGGAAGAACCGUCCUGUAGCAGGAGUAGUACCCCUUACUCUCCUUCAACAGACGGAUGGAAUAAAGAAGAACCAUCCUGUAGCAGGAGUAGUCCCCCUUACUCUCCUUCAACAGAUGGAUGGAAUAAAGAAUGUCCAUUAGACAUAACACUACCAGAGAUACCUAGCAAUAUCCCUGUAUCAUGUCACAUACCAGAUUAUUGCACCGGUAUACAAUGUUGUGUGGACGUUGAGUUUAUAAAGAAGUCCUUCCACUUCUACAUACUGUUAGAUGGUUGUCAGUACAGAAUCAAAGCUGGAAUAGAUAGAUUUGGCAUAGAUGAGGCCUUCUUUUCUUUUGAUAGUGGUAUGGUGAAAAACCUUAAGUUGGGCAACAUCAUGUUUUUAGAUUUUAUGGUGAUUGAUUUACAAGCUGAAAAGAAGUUCAUUAUUAGUAUGAAUGUCAGUGUCUGUUUAGAAGAAGGAGAAGCGUGCGACAUAACCUUAGAAAUUGUCAAGGAUCUGUGCCUUCCAAAAAUAUUUUGCGACUGGAGCAUCAAUUUUAACAAUUUCUCAACCUCCAAUUUCUUGGCCCAGCAAGGACUUUCUCUCCAGAACCAAUUGACUGACAUUGUAGUUAAGCAGGUUUUAGAGAAACUUGGUAUAGCUGAAUAUCUACAAGAUCCACAGUGUGACAUUAACAGUCCAAUGUACCAAUCUCAGCCAUCAGAUUCUGUCGGUUGGAGAGAUGAAUGUCUAGGAGGAUUAGUUAACCUUACAGCACUGACUCCAUCAUCUAUAGCCACACCUAAAGGAUAUAUUGCAUCACGCUGUACUUACAUAGACUUCUGUUUAUAUAUACCACUACUAAAGAAGUCUUUCCAUGCUUACUUUGACCUCAAUUGGUGUGAAAGGUCAUUCAAGAUUGGUAUAGAAAAGCUUUUUAUUGAUUUGGACUUUCUGACCUACAACUGGGGACAGAAAGAUAGCAAAGAUUUGUUAGAUGCCUUGAUAUUUGAUUUUCUUGUUGACUACAAUGAAGUGGAUGAGUAUUUCCAUGUAGACCUGAACAUGAGCAUGUACUUAGACAGAAGUGAACAGUAUGUGACAUUUGAACUCUUCAAGAGACAAGUUCUACCAAUUCCUGCAUGUGACUACGAUACAAGUUAUGCCGUACCAGGUUUCAACUUAAACAGUUGGUAUGCUGAAGAAGAUGUCAAUACUGAAGGUGUCAAUACUUUCAAUACUUAUCAGCACAUACCCCUAGGAUCACCACUGGAACCUGCUAAGACAUCAAGUUUACCAUUACUGACCCCUGUAAAGGCAUCAAGUUUACUGGAAGACCUGGAGAUUGGUGAAAUGAUGUCUCCCUCACAAUGUCAACCUUCAGGCAUCAACUACAGUCCAUCAGUCGGGGGAUGGAAAAAUGCGUGUCCACUUGAUGUUCCCAUGGCAACACUCCAUCCAUCAACGGUAGGAUCUAUUGGUGAAGUGUGUACAGCUGUUGAUUUCUGUUCUGAUGUUGAUUUCCUGGGACGUCCAUUCCACACAUACAUUGACCUAGAUCCAUGUACAAACAUUGGCAAAAUUGGCAUUGAACGAUUUAAUCUAAAGUUGAAUUUGACUGAUGCAACCAUUUUUGGUGAGGAGAAAAAGUUUAAUUUGAAAGGAGUUGUAAAGUUGACAUACAAAAUAGAAACAUUCCCAGUUGAGCGUCAAUACAGAGUAAAUCUUAAGAUCCAGAUAUGUUUCAACAGUACCUCACUAUGUGAGAUAGAAAUGGAUGCCUUCACUGAUGCUAUGAUACCAUGGAGACAAUGUGCCUGGGAUCUGCCAUAUUCAACAGCAGGCUUUUCAUUGGCUAGUCACCUCACCAGUAUUGGCAAAACAUCUGGACAGACAUUCUCUUCUGAGGAAAAGACCGAUUUGUUUAACUUACUUGGAUUAAAUUCCUAUAUUUUGGGAACACCUUGCACAGUGGCUGAUUAUUCACCAAUCAGUGCAGAGAGAUGGCAGAAAGAUUGUGCAGCAGACGUCACCUUGCCAACCCUCCCUGCCAAUGCAGUGUGUAACAUCCAUGAUAAAUGUACUGCUGUAGAUUGUUGUAUGAACUCUGACUUCCUACAACAAGGUUUCCAUUCCUUUGUUGAACUGGAUCCCUGUAACCACAAACUAAACUUUGGUAUAGAAAGGGUAUCAGAAACAGUAGAUCUCAAUGGAUAUGCAUUUGGAGUUGAACAGACGAAGACCUUGAUGAAUGUUGUCAGACUCACAUAUACUAUCAUAAACCUUCAGUCAGCAGGAAGAUUCCAGCUGGAUAUGACAAUUAAGAUAUGUUUUGAAACAUCAGGGUCAUGUGACUUUGAAAUGACCGUGUUCAGUGGUACACAGCUUCCUAAACAGUAUUGUUUCACUGGUUCAACUUUCCUUGAUUCAGCAUUUUCACUGGACAACUUUUUAAUGGCUGAGAAUGAAGCUAAAGUUGAUCCAUUACCUUCAAAGGCAACAACCAAACUGUUACAAGAUACUGGAAUCAGUGACUACCUUCAAGUAACCCCAUGUGAUCACUCUGUGUCACCUUUCACCACAGCCAAUGGCAGACUUAAUGAUGAAUGUGGUAAACUUGAAGACUCCAUUACUCUACCAGCAGACGUAUCAUUGAACAUCCAAUCAGAUUGCACAUCAGUUACCAUGUGUUCUAACAUUGGGUAUAUUGAUAAGAAAAUCCAGUCCAAAGUUAAAAUUGAUCCCUGUACAUAUGAAAUCACUCUUGGCAUUGAAACAAUGGAUGCUACUGUAUCCUUGUUACAUUUCCAGUGGGGGAAACCUCAAUCCUUUGCCUUACAAGGAGGACUUAGAAUGGAGUAA